GAACAAUCAAAGCUCAGCCAGCGAGUGGAGCAGUGGUCCUUUCAGAUGACUUAAAGAACCCUGCUAUGGAAAAACUGGACCUUGUGAGAAAGUGGAGCAUCAACACUUACAAAUGUACCAGGCAGAUCCUGUCAGAGAAGCUGGGUCGGGGAUCCAGGACCGUGGACCCGGAGCUGGAGGCACAAAUUGAUCAGCUCCGUGAAAACAAGAGGAAGUACCAGAACGUGAUCAAGCUGGCUCAGACGCUGGCCAAUCAGCUGUCUCUGAUCAUGCAGACGCAGAGGCAGCUGGGCGAUGCCUUUACUGACCUCAGUCUGAAGUCACCAGAACUCCACGAGGAGUUUGGUUACAAYGCUGAGACCCAAAAACUUUUGUCCAAAAAUGGAGAGACGCUGCUGGCUGCCAUCCACUUCUUCAUCUCCAGCGUGGACACACUUGUGGACAAAACCAUUGAAGACACCAUGCUUAAUAUCAAACAGUAUGAAGUCGCCAGGAUCGAGUAUGAUGCGUAUCGUACUGAUUUGGAGGAGCUGAAUCUGGGACCGCGUGACGAAAACACCACGCCGAAGAUCCAGCAAUCCCAGCAGCAGUUCCAGGUCCACCGUGAGAAGUUUGAACGAAUGAGAAACGAUGUAUCUGUGAAGAUGAAGUUCCUCGAGGAAAACAAGGUGAAGGUGUUGCACAACCAGCUCAUCCUGUUCCAUAAUGCCAUAGCUGCUUAUUAUGCUGGAAACCAGCAGCAGCUGGAACAGACACUCAAGCAGUUCCACAUCAAGUUGAAAAUGCCUGGUGCGGACAGUCCUUCCUGGCUUGAAGAGCAUUAAACACUCCUUUUUUGAGACAAAGUUGGCUCAGUUUGACAUGAAAUGUUGGAUGCUACAAAAACUACAGAAACCUCCUUUUCYUUUUCACUGUACUGUCGCUGCUUUUUUCAAACUUUCAAAACUGUAUAUUUUCUAACAAAAUGCACAAAGAAAAACUAAUGCCUUUUGUUUUCAUAUAGUUGUGUAUUUCAAGUCAUGAAAGACAAACUUUUAUACUGUUGGAUCUUUUGAUUGGGACUUGCUGCAGUACACGUAUUUUGAAACUCUAAAUGGCCUUUUGUAUUCCAGCAUAUGAAUGUUGUAUUUAUAGCACAGCAGACAUGUUGGUGUUACGGCAGCUGCUAGAGAACUGCCAGUCAUCUUUGCAGUCUAACUAAUAUCAGCUGAUUGAGCGAAUGGCUCUUUUUAUAAUCUAGUUUUUUGUUUGCCUUUUUUUUCUAAAUGAACGUGACAUCUGUUGUGAGAAAUUGGAAUAAGUUGCAUUCAUAUAGUAAAAUUACAYACAAAGGUCACUUGUUAUUUCUACAAGCAAACUGUGACUGCARUGGUAGUUUGGUGUUUUGGGGGUGUUUCUUUCUCUUGCCAAGAUUCAAGUUGGACAGUGAGGUCUCAACCAACAGACGAUUAGCUUUUUCAAAAUAGUUGGAAACUGUGGGAAGGGGAAGUUUAAGCAAAGAAAUACAGUAUGUACUAGAGAUGCACCAGUUAAUUUAAUGACUGAAAUCAACCAGUUGUAGGUUUGAAGGUUGACCAGUCUGAAACUUGACUUCUGUUUCUUUCUCUUGGUCUAUCACCAUCACAAAUUGGCUAACCCAUGCUAACAGUAGCACAUAUGAAGUGUAAAAGGUUUUACCAAGUGAAGAAAAUGGUUUAAAAUAAUUCAUAUCUGUAAAGCGAUGGAUUUGAUUAGAUCUUUUGAAUUAGAAAUCGAAGUUAUAAAUAAAUAGUAUCUUACCUGUUGUAGAUAGCUGUUUGAACAGCCUGAGUUUGUAGAAAUAUCUCAUUAAUCCUGCAAGACUUAAACUAACAGCUAGUCUGAGCAGAUCUAAGACCAAAGCUGUUUGCUUUUGCCUUAAAUUAUCUUUAUUGCAAAACAUUUUCAUUUAUGUGAGUACUGUAAACAUUAAUAUUGCUGACAGGUUCUCAUUAUGUUGUUUAGAAGCACAAAUAGCAGCUGUUAUUUGGAGGACUUUCAACAGGAAUAUUGGAGCAAUUUCUACCCAAACAACUGCGUAAAUUAAAACUGGUGGCAGUUUAAAGUUUUUGAGAUUGUGUUUAUAAAACUGCAGCAAAUCACUUAAACUCAUUAAUGUUUUAGUUCAUGAUGCUGGUUGAUUCAACAAUUUAUGGAAAACUAGGUUCAAAAUGUUAUCUACAACAGGUAAGCUAUUGUUUAUAACCUUUAUCCAGAACCUCAAUAAAAUAAGUUGUCCUUUGAGUAAGAGAAAGCAAAAUAGAUCUUUUUUUUUUAUUAAAAAAACAAAAAGCUAAACUUUCUAUGGGAGUUAUGUGCUCAGGCAUUUGAUUUUCUUUAACUCAGAAUGGUGUCAUUUAGUGGGUGUGCUUUAAUUUUUAGAGAUGUGCAAAUAUUGGGCUGUUAUGGUUUGUAAAGGAUUACUGAGGUUUAUUUUAGGUGGGUUUUAUUAGUGCAAAUGGCUCUGUCUAAAAACCUUUCGUUAUUUAUAUUUGUAGAUUUCUCAUAACAGAAAAAAAGAAAAAUGUUUUAGCCAAAAAUCUGAAAAAAGAAAAACAAAUUUUCAGAAUGAAAUUGGCUAAAAUCAAUACAGUCAGAUAUCCAAAAUAAAAAGGAUAUUGGUGUCCAAGAAAACUAAAUGUUGCAUCUCUAAUAUUUAUAUGUACAGUAUAGUCAUCUGCGUACCUCUUACCGUUUUGAAAGCCAAAGUUUACAAAAUCAAGUUGUGGUUUUCUAAAUAGUUCUGUGGCUUCAGAGGUAAAACAGCUUCUUCCCUCUAAUAGCUGACGUGGAGCUGCGCUUCUGGCUCCAAAUGAAUUUAAAAGAGUUGUACAUUUUCUCCACUAAACUCCUACAAAACCAAAGUGACCUGUUAGUGAACAAUACUUUUUGAUUUGAGCUUGUCUACGAUCAGAGCACUGAAUGAGCAAUCGUGUUGAUUCUCCUAAAUACCAGAAGAAAAAAAAAACAGCCUUAUGUGACUAAAUGUGCCUUGAAAUUUUUUCUGUGCACUCUGCCCUUUUUUUUUCUUGAUGAAACUAAAUGGACCAAACAGUCCUACAUGCACAAAGACCCUCAGAGAUACUACAGAUGGAGAUUGCAACUAAAAAACCAUGCAGCAAAACUGUUUAAAAUAACUCCAUGAACUUUGUUUAAAAACAAUGAUUUUAAAUGCAUGCUGUUCUUAAAGAUUUUCUCUCACGUUGCACCUAUACGCACAUUUAUGCAUUUGAGACUACAACAAUCUUAAAGACCUGUGUAUGUACAGUGUAAACCAAAAUACACAAAACUAAAAAAAAUAACUUGAUUUAUUGUUCCUGUAAAGACCAGCAUCUUUUUUCAUGGCUGCUAUCUGUUUACUGCAUUUGGGCUUUGUUAAAAGUGUUUUUUUUAAAGAGGACCCAUUGCUGGUAUAAAUAUAACCAGUGGUCAUGUCCUCUUUUUGUGUAUUUGUACUCCCUGUCAGUUUAAAAGAGGGACUAUUGUACAACAUUCUCAUUACUUCCUUGAAAUAGAUGGAUAUAUAAAUAUAUAUAUAUUUGUAAUCUCUAUUUUACUGUUAGACCAACCGAUGCUGCCAUUUGGCUUUUUUGUUUUGUUUUCUUGAAGACCUCCAGAGUUUUAUACUAGUAUUGUUAUGUACUAGUUAAUAUGGAGAUUUUGUAAUAAUACAUUAACCAAUGGUGAGUUAAAAGGAUGCUGAAUGUUGUGGCUUGAGAAAAAUAAAACUUUCUUUCUGUA